CCCUCAGUUCCUUCCUCGCACCCCCACCCAACCACCUGGGUUCUCGUUAUCACAAUGUCCGCCACUUAUUUGCAUCGUGGCCCCGUCCCCGUCCCCGCACCCCGCAAUGCGCCCCCUCCGCCUGCAUCCGAAGCCCGCGCGAGCGUAGUAGUCGCGCAGAUAUCCCCCCGCAUAGUCACCCUGAGAUUCCGCCGCUCGCAAUUCCUUCCAGUCGAGUCGCGCGCGCAGCGAAAGGCCGCGAUCUCUAGUCAUUCUCACCCCUCCGUGGCCGCGGCGCCGUCCGCAAUUUCGGGAGCGCGAUGCGGUUCGUCGGCGACGGCGCUACGUGCGGCAGAUGGUGACGUGGCGCCGACGAGUACUAGUACCAACGGCGGGUCGAGCGGAUUUGAUAUACGGCGCGUGGAGCAAUACACCGAGAGAGUGAAGGGGGAGGUGGUGGUACUCAACGCCGUGGUGGAUGGGGAGGAUGACCAGGUCGUCGUCUUCAGGGGUUUCUCCUCGUCCCUAGUGCUUGCUACACCCUCGGACCCCUCGAACCCUGUCCUGCCCGCAUCGGCCACCAUCACCUCAGUGGACCGGGUGAGGGGCCCCUUCAACCCUGUGCGCAUGGAGUACAUUCAGCAAGACAUGCGCUGGGAGGACUUUGACCAGCUGCUGCAAGCCAUGCACCUCUGACCAAGCACAUGUGCUGCCUUACCUGUAAUGCGCCGAGUAAAAGCUUAGAGGUAGUAGUACCGUUUGAGUUUUUUAAGCACCACGUUCCCAAGAAACGAAGAUUUGGUGGAGGUCAAGGAUGUAAUAAUUUGACAGGUGUUGCAGAAGACUAAGUAUAAAAUCUGCAACCACAAGUAUUUAACCAAGGAUCUUUGCUGGAACGGUAGACUAGUAAGACAGCGGAAGUCUUGUAAGAAUGAACCUGAGUGUAUGUC